AUGAUGCUACGAACGGCACUAAUCCGCUUACGGACUAACCUUGCAGGUGACUCGGAUUCUGCCGCCGCCCAGUUGGGUAAUGUCUCCGAAUACAGCAGGAGCACGUCUUUUACGGGCUCGUCCUCCCGAGUCCGUAUCAUCACGUGUGUCUGUUUGGACAGCACUCGUGCAACCCAACGCAGACAACAAACAUCCUCGGGAGACCCUGCAGCUCCAACAAUGAACGAGACCUCCCAGCGUGCUCGAAGUCGCAGUCCUACGAGACGACGUGGAGGCUUUCGAUGGAAAGAAAAACGACGCGACGAUAGCUACAGACCCGGAGAUGACGACCGCCGAUUAGAACGAGGAUAUAGGGACAGGAGCAACAGAGCUCGGUCACCGCGUGGAGAGAGAUAUACAGAUCGAUAUCAAGACAGGGACCAGUACAGGGAUAGAGAUGGCGAUCGAAAUCGUGCCAGUUCCAGAGAUAGACGCCCCCGGCGACCGGAUCACGAAAAGCACAAGAACGAGGAGCUCCGAGAAGGCAGGAAAGAGGAGAAGAGGAAAAAGAAGAAUGCUGCUGCAGCUGCAGCUCCCUCUGAGGCCAUGAUUGUUGUCCACGUCAAUGACCGUCUGGGUACGAAAGCUGCAAUACCGUGUCUUCCUUCAGACCCGAUCAAGCUCUUCAAAGCACAAGUGGCUGCUCGUAUCGGACGCGAACCACAUGAGAUCCAACUGAAACGCCAAGGCGAACGACCGUUUAAGGAUCAGCUUACAUUGGAGGAUUAUGGAGUCAGUCAUGGGGUCCAGCUUGACCUGUGAGCAUAGAACCCCUCGUGGUCUAGAACCCUCAUGCUAUUGGAAACUUUACGCUGACCUACAUGUCUCCAGAGAAGUAGGAACGGGCGACUAGA